GACGGACCACAUGUUCCAAUUCAGUCAAUGUUUUUGUCUGUUUACUUUCUUAGUUUGAUUCUUAAUUUGAUUAUUUUUCUUUGUUAUCCUGUGAUAAUUUGUUUGUGUUGAUUUAGAGCUGAUUGAACAUCUCAAAAGAUAAACAUGGACACAAUCACUAAGUAUGAGAUGGACAGUGACAUCGAGCACGAGAGUGAUGAUGGUUUACCGAAUGUCAAAGCUUGGGGAAAAAAGAAGUCUGCCUAUUUUGGAACUGAUUAUGUAGAUAAAGAUUUUAGAAAACGAGCUGGACAAGAUGAGGAAGAACUUGCCCAGCAGGAAGAAGAGGAAGCUAAAGCGAUUCAAAUGCGUCUAUUAGAGGAGAUUGGAGAAGAUGAUUUGGGUUUAAAUAGACUUCCUGAUGUCCGUGAAGGAAGAGAGGAAACUGUUCAAAAAGUGCAAAUUGAUGUUGAUUCUCUAUCGACCAGAGAAAAGUUACAACUUUUGAGAAAAGAAGCUCCUGAGUUGACAAGUCUAGUUGAUGAUUUCAAAAGGAGUUUGGCAGAACUGGAAAAGCAAAAAAGUGUCUUGAACUAUCGUAAUGUUGAUGAUAUCGAUUCUUACCAAUCAAGUCUUCCUUAUCAAGUCUACAAGACUAAAUUCAAUCUCGUUACUCGCUAUUGUAUGAAUAUUAGCUUUUACCUACUCCUCAAAUCUAAAGGUAAAUCCAUUGGGAAUCAUCCGUGUGCAUCUAACUUAUUAGAUUUGAAAAAGAUGAUUCUUACAAUUGAGAAGAUUGAAAACAAAAAACAAUUCAAACUACUUGUUAGUCAAUUCUUGGAAAAAAUUCAAAACAAUGAAAAAAUCGUAAUGGCAGAAAAAGCUGAUGACCAAGAAAUCGACACUAGAGAUUAUGACGAUAAUACCAAAGGCUUGUCACCAUCUAGAAAACGAGUUCGAUUUGAAGAUGACAAACUAAACAUUCCCACAGAAGAGGAAGACAUUGAGUUACGAGAGUAUGGUGACCUCAGGGAGAAAAAUGAAGAUGACGAUGAGGAUGAAGAUGAUGACGAAGAUGAUUUUGAUCUCGAUGAUGAGGAAGAUGAAGAUGAAGAGGAAUCUAAAAGCUUCAACAAGUCUGUUGGAAAGAAACAACAAGCAAUUGAUGAAACAAUGGACGAAGACGAAGUUGUUAGGAGACCGAUUAAUUACCAAAUCGCUAAAAACAAAGGACUAACGCCUAAGAAGCCUAAGGAACAGCGAAAUCCAAGAGUUAAACAUCGAAUGAAAUACAAAAAGGCCAAAGCUCGAAGGAGAGGUCAAGUUCGAGAGCCAAGGAAAGAGAUUAAAAAAUACGCUGGUGAAAUAUCAGGAAUCAGAACUUCAACUGUUAAAAGUGUUAAGUUUAAAUAGAAUGCAAAUCAAAAUUUUUGUAUAUUUUCUGUUAAUUUAUUUGCUUUUCAAUUCUAAAGAAAAUAAAUUAAUCGUCGAAUUCUAAUAUCAUU